GAUUGACUGUUACCUUGGAGACAGCAGCAGGGAGAGUUGUGAGAAGAGGGAGUUAUCUCCUCACCGGCAUAGUGGUUUCGGGUAUAGUCUAAGGAGAGAGGAGAACAGGAAGAGCAGGAGCUGACGUCUCAUCCACUGGGGUGUAUACUAUGGGAUCCGGGAUGAGAGUCCCAGUGAGGCCAAUGUGAAUGACCCGGUUAGGCUGGCUGUGAUUUUAAAAUAAAACCCGCCUUCCCUCCAUGCCCCUCAGACAGGUCAUGGAUAGCGAUGAGGCUAGGCUCAACGUUGACCCUCCGGACGAGGCCCUGCAGGAAGAGGAGGUGCAGCUGUGUAUUGAGGAGGCGGACCUCUUCGAGGACUGCAUGGAGGAGUUCAGGGCCCACUUUGAAGAGUGCAUGGACAGGCUGGGGGCCCAGUUCAGAGGGAGCGAGGAUGAAACGGGGGACAGGUUUGAGGACUGCGCAGAGGACGUGGCGACCCAGUCCACGGGCGGCGUGGACGAGAUAGCUGCGCAGAUCGAGCAGUGCAUGGCGGAGCUGGGGAUCCAGCUGGAGGGGUGCGCGGAAGGUUCUGGGCCCCGGUUCCAGGGCCUCACAGAGCAGGCCAGGGACGACGUGGAGGACGCUUUGGUCCGGGCGCAAUGUGCGGAUCUGUGGGGCCCGCGGCCGGGUGAAGACAUGGAGGACCUGGAGAGCCUGCUAAAGAGGCGCGUGGAGGAGGUGCGGGAGCUCUGCGAGGGGGGUGUGAUGGAGCUGGGCGCUCGGUUCGCGGAGAGCAUCGUGGAAGUGGCGCAACUGGAGCAGCGUCGAAACCAGCUGGUGGAGGAGCUCCUGCAGCUGGAGGAGCCCAUGGCCCAGGCCGUGCAGGCCCUGCGGGCGGAGCAGGGGGAGCUCCGCAGGCUGCUCGCUCAGGCGGAGCUGGAGAGGUGGAGCCUGCAGGAGGAGAGGCGGCUGGUGAAGAGGCAGCUGUUCGCCGUGGCCAGGGACUGCACCCUGAGCCGGGUUGCCCUGGAGACGCAGCAGCACGAGGUGGAGCAGUUCACUAUCUUACAGGGUGAGCUUGAGGGUCAGGUUCAGCUGCUCACAGAGGAGAUGGCCCAGCUGAGGGAGGCUCAGCAGAACCGCCUGAACACCCUGAGGAGCCAGCUGGACAGCCUGAGCCUGGCGCGGGCUCAGGGAGACCAGUCCCAGGACCGGCAGCCCCCCUGGGACCUGAGCAACUACCUGCAGGACGGGAUGAAGGCCCUGGAGGAGCAGUACGAGCCCCGGCUGCAGGCCUUGCAGAAAAGGAAGCAGGCCGCCACCGACGCCCUGCUGGGGACCAGGGCCGAGACACAGGAGCUGAGGGCCCGCCUGGGGCCCCUCAGAGAGGAGGCGCAGAGACUGGAGCACCAGAGGACACACCUGGAGGAGAAGAUCGCCCUGAUGCGGCAGGAAAGGGAGGGGAAAGUUGCGCAGUACAGGGACACCGUAGACUCACUGGAGGAGAGCAGCAGAGAACUCAAGACAGAACUCCAGAUUCAGAGGAAGAAAAACAAGGAAAUCCAAACCUUGAAGGACAGCCUCAUAAAAGAACUGGAUCUUUUCCGGGGCACGACUGAACUCCAAGGAAUGCUUGACCUCCCCUCCCAGGGAACGUGACCGAAGCAGUCUCUACAAAGAGGCCAUUUUGCCGAAAAUAACCUGUUUCUCUUCUGUUCGCGAACUGUAAAAAUGCAGAACGGCUUCAGCUGCUUUCAUAAUCCUCCACUAUAGGACAAGCAGCCAGAGGGGCGUGUGUGGAGUGAUCAGCACGCACAACCAAAAAUAGAGGGGG